AUGACCAAGGACGGAUUGGUCCUGAAUACGCUCACUUCUUAUGGCACAAAUGAUUCACAGCCUACCGUGUGGACUGGCUAUGUUCUGUCCAACUACCCUCUUUUCACGGAAGAUAUUCUGACUCGGGGCGGAGCUGUCUUCGGGGGUCUUGUGAAAAGGUAUCUGCUGGAAGGAUAUGUUGCAUCGUGGAAUAUCAUAUACGCAUCUCUUCCGGUGACAGUUUUCGUCGACUCCUGUGGCGUGAUUGUCGGAUAUGACUACUUUUCUCCUAACCUCCGCACGCGAGUCGUCACGGAGUUCUUCAACACUGCUCUAGGGCCAGUGGCGAUUGAGCAUUAG